UGCAUUUUAAUGCACGGUGUCUGCGAGCUUCAGCCCGUUCCGUCGUCUUCUGGACAUGACCGUCACUCCAUUAACGCCUAAUGGUGCCGUCCAGGUGAAAUUGGAACUCGGCCACCGGGCCCAGGUCCGGAAGAAACCCACCGCGGAGGGCUUCACGCACGACUGGAUGGUUUUUGUGCGGGGACCGGAGAACAGCAACAUUCAGCACUUUGUGGAAAAAGUAGUUUUUCACCUGCACGAAAGCUUUCCCAGACCAAAAAGAGUGUGCAAGGAUCCGCCCUAUAAAGUGGAGGAGUCGGGAUACGCCGGCUUCAUCCUGCCCAUCGAGGUUUACUUCAAAAAUAAGGAGGAGCCUAAGAAGGUGCGCUUCGACUACGACCUGUUCCUGCACCUGGAGGGACAUCCGCCCGUCAAUCACCUGCGCUGCGAGAAGCUCACCUUCAAUAACCCCACUGAGGAGUUCAGGAGAAAGCUGCUCAAGGCUGGAGGGCAACGGGAUCCUCACAAAAGAAGCUCAGAAGAUUCAAAAGUGAUGGUCAUGCAGGAGGGCUCAACGUCUCUGUUCGGUCAGCACCUGAAGCUGCCCACGCUGCCCAGCAGCUCCCUGACCUUCUCCUUCCCCGACCUCAAGAAGAGCAAGCCCUUCCCAGGGUCAAAGGACGGUUCCCGGAACAGUGGCCCGCUCACCCUCUCCUCUUCGUCGUCCUCGUCCUCGUCGUCGUCGUUGGCCAAACUGGCCAAGCCGUCUAAGGAGCACCGCGACAGCAAGCCCCCCAAGGAGUCCCGCAGUGCCUUCAGGGAGCUGAGCAGAGAGGGGCUCCCCAAACCCCCCAAAGACUCCUCCACCUCCUCCGCCACCUCCAAGAAGCCCAAAGACUGCCCGAGCCAGCCGUCGCUGCCGCUCCUGAGCGAGCACCACCACCACCAACACCCCCCCAAGAUGGGCUUCAAGGAGCCCAAGGGGCUGGUCAAGGAGUCACGGCCCCCCGAGGGGGGGUGCGGGGGUGCGGGCAAGCGCCCCCCAGGGGGAGAGGGUGUGGGUGUGGGGGACCACAUGACCAAAAAGCGUAAGAAGGGCUUCCCGGCGGUGCCGCAGGGGCAGCUGGACAAGGCGGCGGCGUCCCGGGACAAGGGGCCGGUGCGGCCGGCGAGACCCCCCCGCGUGGAGGGGGGGGCGGAGGGGGACCGCAGGAGGGCGCCCACGCUGCCGCCAUUCCAGGAGCUCGUCGACCCCAUCGGCUCGGACAUGGAGGACAACAUGUCCGCCAAAUCAGAGUCGGAGCAGCCCAGUCCUGCCAGCUCAAGUUCUAGCUCCAGCUCAAGCUUUGGACCCACCCACAAACGGCAAGCACUAGGGCCACUGCGCUCCAUCAUCCAGGAGCUGCCGUCUGAUGACCACGAGGACGACUCCGAGGAGGACGAUGACCACGACAUGGACUCAGACCUGGAGAGACCCACACACACACACCUCACACACAGACACCGCAGGGUGAGCUUGAGUGACGGCAGUGACAGCGAGAACAGCUCCGCCUCCUCACCACUCUCCCGACACGAGGGACCGCCUCUUCUGAAGAGCAAUAACCAGAUUCUGGACAUGAAGAGCGCGCUGAAGCAGCCGAAGCAGGAGAAGACCAAGACCAUAGAUUGUGAUAAGGCCUACCUGGAUGAACUAGUGGAGCUGCACAAACGACUGAUGGCACUAAGAGAGAGGCACAUACUGCAGCAGAUCGUGAACCUGAUCGAGGAGACGGGUCACUUCCACAUCACCAACACGACCUUCGACUUCGACCUCUGCUCCCUGGACCGGCCCACGGUCCGCAAGCUGCAGAGCUACCUGGACACCUCCGGAACCUCCUGAGGCCCGCCCGCGGAACCCGCGCUCUCCGGUUCCACUGCUUAGAACCUGUUGUGUGGGGAGGAGAACCCACCCGCUGGGUUCCUUAAGUGGAAUCACUGCAGAGACGGACAGACACUGACCAAAAAAAAACAAAACAAAAAAAACACGGAACGUGUUGCAGAACCGGAAGACCAAGAAGAGAACGCCUUGUUGGAGCUUGAGGAGUCACCCUGAAGCCUUCCCACCCAAGCGCUCACACACACACACACACACACACACACACGCGCUGAAGGACCGUGGGCUCUUCAUACUAAUGUUCAUAUUGUUCCUGUGUGUGUGUGUGUGUGUGUGUGUGUGUGUGGUGUGUUUGUUUGUUUGUUUGUUUGUUUGUUUGUUCGUUCUUUGGUUCUGUUUUUUGUGAGGAAUGCAUGUUUCAACACUGCCUUGCAACUGCGUCCAGCUAUUUAUUGAGUUGUUCAACUUUUCGGGUGUGUGCGUGUGUGUUUUGUACAAGCAAAUGAGAAGCAUUAAGUGUGUGUGUGUGUGUGUGUGUGUGUGUGUGUGUGUGUGUGUGUGUGUGUGUGUGUGUGUGUGUGUGUGUGUGUGUGUGUGUGUGUGUGUGUGUGUGUGUGUGUGUGUGUGUGUGUGUGUGUGUGUGUGUGAGUGCGUGUGAGUGCUCAACAGCGGUCUUGUCUCUGUCUCCACAGGAAGUGACAUCUUUGUGUUUCUGUGCCCCUGGCGUGGCCUUCAACCAGGGCACCUAAGGGCUGCGGCUCAACACACACACACACACACACACACACACACA